GCUUAUAUUAGCACCAUUAUUAUAUCACAUUCUAAGAAAUUCCUGAUCGAAAUCCUUAAUUUUUUGGUGUUUGGUCGUGUUUUGCGUUGGUGGGUACGAGGAAAAAAGAUUAGAGCUUGUUGGGGAGUAGUUUUCUUGGGCGUUCUUGAAAUUCCGGCGAGGGAUGGCGUCGGCGGCAGCGGAAGAGUGGUCGGUGCAGAAUGAAAUGGGCUGUGGUCUAGUCGGAGCGUUGUUCCAACGCGCCGGCGGAUCAAAGCCAAGCAAGUCUCCGCCGUCGCCACGGGCUCCGGCCGCCAAGAACCAAAUCACGGUGGACGCCCGGAGGCGGCGGAGCAGCUCGGAGAUUAACCAAAGGAGUUCAAACGGCUGCGGCGGCGGCGAUCACCGGCAAAGAACUCCGAGGACAACCACAAUGCCGCCGCCGCAAGCGGCGAACUUAGCAUACACGCAGAGGCUUAGAAGGGAGCCGACGUUCACCUCAAGUGAACUGAGCGUCAACAUUGUAGGCCACAGAAAAUCAAGCGCCGCCGCCUGCGGUUUAUACCGCGCUUCCGCCGGAAACGUGAUGCUCACGCGCCACCAGGGAAAUCUGAACCAAAAACCAUCAAAACAGAAAGAGAGCUUGAACGGGAAAGUGUUAGGGAGCCAUCUCGGCGCCGCCGCCGUGAUGGGCAACAUUUUCCGGCAGCCAACGUUAAGAACUGUGCUUACUGGUUUCAGCAAAAGUAUGGAUCCUGACGUUGUGAAAUCUAUGGGAAAUGAACACUACCGGCAAGGAAGAUACGAGGAAGCAUUGAAUUUAUACAGUGAAGCCAUUGCCAUAAAUCCCAGAAAUCCAUGUUAUCACAGCAACAAAAGUGCAGCUUUAAUGGCGCUUUCCCGCCCCAUUGAAGCUGUUUUUGAAUGCAGAGAAGCCAUCCGCUUAGACCCUUUUUACCAUAACGCCCAAUACCGCCUAGCAAAUCUAUAUUUCAGGUUGGGAGAAGCAGAGAAAGCUGUGAGCCAUUACGAACAAUCGGGGCGAAAAGCCGAGGGUAAGGACAUUGAUCAAGCUAAAGCUCUAAGCAAAAUUCUUGCGAGUUGCAGUGAAGCUCAAAGAGUUAAAGACUGGGCAGCAUUGCUUAAGCAGAGCCAAAGUGCAUUGUCUUUGGGUUCAGAUUCAUCUCCUCAGAUCUUAGCAAUGAAAGCUGAAGCCUUGGUGAAACUCCAGAGACAUGAAGAAGCAUACACUGCACUUGUGAAAUGGCCAGCUUUUGAUACAGAGCAAUGUACCUCCCUUUUUGGCUCAGCAAAAACUGCAUAUUUCUUAGGAGUUAAAGCUCAAGUCCUCAUGGCUAUUGGAAGGUUUGAGGAUGCUGUGAGUGGUGCUAAGCAAGCAGCGUUGUUGGACCGAAGCAGCGAACAAAAUGCGGCGUUGCUGGUGAAGAAAAUGGCGGCGGUGGCGGCGGCGAGAUCGAGCGCAAAUGAUCUUUUCAAGGCUUCAAAGUUUGCAGAAGCGGCGGCCAUGAACACUCAGGGAUUAGGACACGAUCCAUGCAAUUCAGUUCUGCUGUAUAACAGAGCAGCUUGCAGGUUCAAGCUGGGAUUGUUCGAGAAGGCGCUUGAGGAUUGCACCGCCGCGCUUAAUCUCCGGCCGUCGUACCGAAAGGCAAGAACACGGCGAGCUGACUGUAAUGUUAAGUUGGAGAGAUGGGAGGCUGCGAUUCAAGAUUGCGAGGUGUUGAUCCAAGAAACGCCGGGAGAUGAGGCGGUCAGGCGGCUGUUCACGGCGGCGAAACAGCGGCUGGACCGGCAGCGACAGGAGGAUUACGGCCAUAGGUUGCAACUACGGCCCCGCUCCGACCUGGUUUUGGUCUCUUAGCACCUAACAAUUUAUAUAUAUAUUGUCAAAAAUUUUUGUGUUCGAUUAUCAUUUAUUUAAUUAAUUUAGAUUGAUUAAUUAAGAGUGUAAACUAAUAGUUGAAUUAGGCAUUUAUGCUUAUAUAAUUCAACAAAAUGGAGUGAAAGAAAAGAAAAUUACAGGAUUA